UUGCUUCAGUGCACGCGCGCAAACCGACGCCGCACCAGGGCCCGGCAACUCUCCAUCAAAAUUGGGGACAAAGCUAGAGGUUGCUACGAUAGGAUGCGCUAGUGUCAUCGGUUACAGCUGCUG